AGCGCUGCAAGUGAGUGCAUGUCAUACAGGACCGCUGCUCCAGGCUGUUUUUUUGUUCUGACUGUAAUUUGACGUAGAAACGUCCUCACUGGAUGUAGUUUAAUUUACCCUGAUCAGACCCGGUGUUUCUAUCUGGAAUUUCAAGCGGGGAAAUGACUUUUGUGAUCCAGCUAUAGCCUAAACGUGUCAGAGGAUGAGUUCAGAGGAGCGCAGUUCUGCCAUGUCACAGAAGAUCUCCUCUAUGUCGAGGAGCAACAGCAGCUCCUCCUCCAAGCACGACAGCCGACAGGACAGCUGGGAAAUAGUGGAGGGCCUGCGUGGGGGGAUCGGUAAUGUCCUGGAGCCCCAAAAACAGGAGGGCUAUAUGCUGAAGAGGAGGAAGUGGCCCAUGAAGGGUUGGCACAAGAGAUACUUCUUCCUGGACAAGGGGAUCCUUAAAUAUGGCAAGUGCAGUGCUGAUAUUGAGAAGAAGAAAGUGCACGGCUGCAUUGACGUGGGUCUCUCCGUAAUGGCCAUUAAGAAGAAAGCCAAGUGUAUUGAUCUUGACGCCGAGGAGAACAUUUAUCACCUGAAGAUUAAGUCACAGGAGCUGUUUGAUGAAUGGGUUUCCAAGCUGCGCCACCAUCGACUCUAUCGGCAGAACGAGAUCGCCAUGUGCGCCAAUGAGAAGCCCUUCUUCUACCCCAUCUUCCCCUCCCCUAACUCCCCUGGCAUAGCAGAAGGCGCAUCGUUGAGAAGGUGCAUGUCUCUACGGAGGCAGUCCUCAGUCCAUCCCGCAGCGGGCUUCCCUUUGAACUCCAACUGCCAGGCCAAGGUAGCUGCCUGGCUCCAGUCUUCAGACGAAAUGGACAAAUGCUCCAAAGACUUGUCAGUGUGUGAGGCCUACCUGCUGGAGCUGAACCACCUGAUACAGAGCAUGGAAUUCCUCCACCGCACUUAUUCUGCUCCGUCUAUUCAAGCACUACAGGCAUCUACAUUUGACAGCCCCAAAAAAGGAAAGAGUCUUCAAAGGAAAUGGCGCAAUAAAAACUACAAUAAAGAUAACAAAGCAACUCUGCAGGUACCCAGCUGCAUCUCCUUUGCCUCCGUCCGCCUCCACGCCUCCAACCCCAAUCUCUCCACCGCUGCGCUCGGAAACGACAAAGUCGACCCCGAAUCCCUGGAUUCACAUUUUGAUGUGGCAAAGCUGCAGGAGGACUUCUGCCGUGUUGCCACCGACUUGCAUACAACCAUGAAGUCAGCACUGAGCUCGCUAACAUCAGAGAGGGAGAGAUUGAAGCAGUGCCUGGAUCACGACUCAUACCCCCCAACCUCACCCCAAGUCGUCAAUAUGAAGAACACCCUGGCAGCGGCUUUAGCGCAGAACUCUGAGCUGAGAGAGCGUCUGAACAAGAUUCAUGCCGAGUCCCACAUCAUAGAGCCCACACUAAUAAAUCUCACUGCCCCUGUGCAGAAACCAGACUCAGCAGAAGACUCCCAUCCCCUUGUGCACCAAGUUUCCAAUGAGAGUAGAGCUUCGAUUGCAGAGUCUUUGUCAGAGUUCUUUGAUGCACAGGAGGUCCUUUUGUCAGCUAGUUCCUCUGAAAAUGAGGUAUCAGACGAUGACUCAAACAUCAGUGACAUUAGUGACAACAUUUCAAUGGACAAUUUCAGCAACGAAACAGAAAUUGAAAGACCCAACUCAGGUUCUGUAGAAGAAGGCGCUGUCCUUUGUUCACGUAGAUCCUGUCUGCCCAUGCCCAGCCCUACUAACAACACAAUCAGCCUUUGGAACAUCCUCAGAAACAACAUAGGCAAAGAUUUGUCCAAGGUGACGAUGCCUGUGCAUCUUAAUGAGCCCCUCAAUGCCCUGCAGAGACUCUGUGAGGAGCUGGAGUACAGUGAGCUGCUGGACAGGGCUGCUGUCACACAGGACCCUUUUGAGCGUAUGAUUUAUAUCGCCACAUUUGUUGUAUCAGGAUAUGCAUCCAGCUUCUACAGGACUGGAGGAAAACCCUUCAAUCCUGUCCUGGGAGAGACGUAUGAAUGCGACCGGCCAGACAAAGGUUUUCGGUUUGUUGCCGAGCAGGUCAGCCACCACCCACCUAUUUCAGCUUGCCAUGCAGAAUCUAAAAACUUUGUCUUCUGGCAAGAUGUCAGGUGUAAGAACAAAUUCUGGGGGAAGUCGAUGGAGAUUGUUCCUGUGGGUACCACUCAUGUCACGCUGCCAAGAUUUGGGGAUCACUAUGAAUGGAAUAAAGUGACUUCCUGUAUCCACAACAUCCUCAGUGGGCAGCGCUGGAUUGAGCACUAUGGGGAGAUCUCAAUCAAAAACUCCCACAGCGAUGUUUGUCAAUGCAAGAUCACUUUUAUCAAGGCCAAAUACUGGAACUCAAGCGUGAACGAUGUUGAGGGAACCAUUAUGGAUAUCAAAGGAAAGGUCAUCCACAGACUGUUUGGUAAAUGGCACGAAGCAGUUUUCUUUGGGGACCCACCGUCAGCUACCUGCAUCUGGAGGGCAAAUCCAAUGCCAAUGAACUAUGAGCAGUACUACGGCUUUACAAAGUUUGCAAUGGAGCUAAAUGAGUUGGAGCCCUCUUUGAAACAGCUGCUGCCUCCUACAGACACCAGACUACGAGUGGACCAGAGACUGCUGGAGGAGGGGAACUUGGAAGAAGCAGAAGAACAGAAGCAGAGGAUUGAGCAGCUGCAGAGAGACCAACGGAGAGUCCUGGAGGAGAGCAAUGUGUCACAUCAGCCCAAAUUCUUCAGGAAGUCGAAGGAGGACACCUGGGUGAGCAGCAACAUGUACUGGGAGCUGAGGAGGGACCACGGCUUCUCCCACAUGGAGUUUCCCACCCUGUGGUAACCUCAGCGCUGUGAUCUCGACUUGCAGUUUCGACCCACACAGUCUCCGCUGUGAUCCAGGCUGGUUCUGGUGAUGUCUGUAGCCCACUCCCACCUGUCCACAUGCUGUUUUCUAUACUUCAGUUCAUUCAAGUUGUUGCCUUAAUAACAAGUGCAUAUCUGUGUUGCAUUAACGUUCAUGGAAGCGUUUAUGGCAAAUGUUGAUGUGUUUUGGAAACUUUCAGCCCCAUGGCUGCAUCUUUUAUGCUAUGAGUUCUGAGAAAAUGAGAGAAACUAAGUAAAAUAAAUAAAGAAAACUUAAAAAGAAUUCAGAAUUCUAGCUUGAAAAUGCUGAAUACCUUGGUUUUGUGUUAUCAUGGAGAUUCUCUACCUCAGAGAAAAACUAGCCUUCAUAUGUCAGUGAUUGUGUGCGCACGUGUUUAUUCUGCAUCGCCUAAUGCCUUACUAGUUGUACUCGUAUUGUUCUAUUUAAUUUAGUUUUGCAUUGCCUAAAAGUCGCUCUUUUGUAAGGAUAUGCGAGAACUGUUGAGAUUAUGUUUAUAUUCUCACUGUACUGAGCGCAUCUUUCUGUCUCUUAUUUACUUUUGAGUUAUUACUCUGUGAAGGCCUGUGCAAUUAUUAUAUAAACAGCAGAAGCAAAUACCAUUUUUCCACUUGUUUCAACUUUAUCCAUUUCACCAUCUGGACACUGGGUUUGGGGUCCAAAAAAGUCCAAAACAAUGUUCAUGGAAGGAAAAUAAAAUAUUAUUCUUUC